AUGGACUCGUCCAGUCUUCUCCAAGUCGGCCUCGCUUCGUCGCUACGCACGGGCCAUUUUCUCGUCGACGCGUGCAUCUGCCUUCUCCUACCCGUUCUCUUUUCGUACCUUGUUGCGUCCGAGUCGUCGUCGUCCUCGUGGGCCGAGUCGUUCGACAAGCUCCUACUGUACCUCGGUGUGUCACCCCGCCGCGUCGUCCGCGUCAUCCAAUCCAAGUUUCGCAUCGGCUCCUAUGGUGAGACCUUUAACGACACGGAACACAGCCAUCUCUUGCAGCGCGCGAUCGCAUACUACGUGAGCGCGACGGUCGACAUGGCGUCGAAGCGCACUGCCCGCCUCGAGCUCGUCACCGGUUUGAACGCUGUGUCUCGGCUCGAGCCCGAGGGGCCACCCAAGAAGCCACGGUCGAUUCGCGACUUGAUGCCCAACCCGGACGUCACGACGCUAGAAAUUCACGCGCGGCCGCCGCUUCGCGAGUGGGUGGACGUGGCGCCCGAGAUUGCACUCUACCACGAGAUUGAAUCGACGCAGCGUCACGGGCAGCUGGACAGCGACGAGAAAUGGACCACCGUGACGUACACGCUUCGGUCGUUCGCGCCCGACGGCGCGGCGCGCAUCAACGCAUUCGUCGACACGGCCUUCACAUCGUACCAAGACGCGAUCGUCGCGCAGAAGCUCCGAGACAGAACGCGCUACAUGUAUGUCGCGGCGCAGACACAUGUGGCAACGACGACGGGCGCCGAGGCGAAAAGCAUCGUACCGCUCUCGUCCUUCAAGCGCUACGCGUUAAGCGACCACAAGACGUUCGACAGCCUCUUCUUCUCUUCGAAGACCACGCUCCUCGAUCUCCUCGACACGUUUACGGCCAAGAGAGGCAAGUAUGCCAUUCCCGGUUUUCCGCACAAGCUCGGGUUUCUGCUCCACGGGCCACCGGGUACGGGCAAGACAAGCCUCAUCAAGGCGAUCGCGCAGCACACGAAGCGCCAUAUCGUCAACAUUUCGCUCGCGAAUAUCAAGACGAACCAAGAGCUCAUGGACUGCAUGCUCGAUUUAAGCAUGAAUGUGCCGGGCGAAGACAUGCCGGUCAAGCUGAGCUACGACAAGGUGGUGUUUGUGAUGGAAGACAUUGACUGCGCGUCCGAGGUCGUUCACGCGCGCAAGGAAUGUGCCGCUACAGUCGAGCCCGCGGUGUCGUUUGGUGGCACGGUGAUCACGCUCGCCCAGCCCCAAGACAAGUUUACGCCCCACGACCAGCUCAACCUCAGCGGCCUCCUCAAUGUCCUCGACGGCGUCGUCGACAUGUCGGGUCGCAUCCUCAUCAUGACGUCCAACCACCCCGAGAAGCUCGACCCGGCGCUCAUUCGCCCUGGCCGCAUCGACGAGCAGCUAUACAUGGGCGCCAUGGACGCUACCCAGGCGUCGCUCAUGGUGCAGCACUACUUUGCGACGACGUUGACGAUAGAUGAGAAGGCUGAGAUUGAAGGCGCCGUCACGACGUGCGCUAUUUCGCCCGCGCAGGUCGAGAACCUCUGUGCCAAGCACCGCGAUCUGCACGAAAUGCUCACGGCGUUGACGGCCCAUGCGGACAUGUCGUUGUAAGGCCAUUUUGUAAUACCGCUAACUCUGUCG